UCCUCCUUUGGGGGCAGUAGCCACAGAUAGAAGACAGAGGGGGUCCCCACAGCUCAGAUCCGGGGUGCUGCAGGGCACCGGGUCCCGGGGACAGGGACGGCUCCCCGUGGGAAGUCAGCACGUGGAGACCGGGUGGCGGGUGACCAGCAAGGCCGGCAGCCGCGGGAGGAGAGGGGCCUGGGCCCCCAGCCGUGGCUUCGGCCCUGAGGGUCCCUCUUCCUUUCGACCUUUCUCCCCCCAUUUGGCCGCGGGCGAGGCCCUGGCCGGUGUUGCCGUGGGAGGUGGGGGGGACCAGGCUGGCCUCUUCCAGCAGGUCUUUCCCUUCCCUUCUGCACGGUCAGACCUUGAGGCUCGGGCAACAGGCGCCACCUCCCUCCUGGGACAGAGUCGCAGCCCCGCGCCCCGACCUCAGCCACCCCCGAGCCCAGAUGCAGCGGCCGGGGCCCCGCCAGCCGGAGCCCGAGCCCCAGGGCGAGGAGCUGUGGGAACAGGAGAUGGAGCGGCUGUGGUCCUCCUGGGCGCCCUUGCGGACGCUGCCCUACGCCAUGGCGGACAAGCGCUUCCUCCGGCAACUGUGGGAGCCCGAGGGGGCCAAGGCCUCGUGCUGGCAGCGGUGGCAGCGAAGGCAGGGGACCACGGGACGGCGCCUGAGGGAGGCAGCGCAGCGGCUGGCCCAGGGCUUCGGGCUCUGGGAGGGGCCCCUCUACGAGAUCGGGGGCCUCUUUGGCACCGGAAUCCAGUCCUACUUCACCUUCCUCCGCUUCCUGCUGAUGCUCAACCUGCUGACCGUGCUUCUGACCUCCAGCUUCGUGCUGCUGCCCCUGGUCUGGCUCCGCCCACCGGACCCAGGCCCCGCCCUGAACCUCACCCUCCAGUGCCCUGGUGACCCCCAGCCCGCGACUGCUGUCCCCACUCUCCACUCCCGACUUUGGAAUGUGCUCACUGGCCGGGCCUUCAACAACACCUACCUCUUCUAUGGCGCCUACCGGGCGGGGCCCGAGGGCAGCUCCGCUUACAGCAUCCGCCUGGCCUACCUCCUGAGCCCGCUGGCCUGCCUCCUGCUCUGCUUCUGCGGGACCCUGCGACGGAUGGUGAAGGGGCUGCCCCAGAAGCUGUUCCUGGGCCAGGACUACCGGUCGCCGCUCAGCGCCAAGGUCUUCUCCUCCUGGGACUUCUGUAUCCGCGGCCUGGAGGCAGCCACCAUCAAGCAGCACGAGAUCAGCAACGAGUUCAAGGUGGAGCUGGAGGAGGGACAUCGGUUCCAGCUGGCGCAGCAGCAGACGCGCGCCCAGAGAGCCUGCCAUCUGCUCUCCUACCUGCGGGUCAACUUCCUCAUCGGGCUCCUGGUGGUCGGGGCCAUCAGCGCCAUCUUCUGGGCCACCAAGUACUCGCAGGACAACAAGGAGGAGACCCUGUUUGUGCUGCUGCAGUACCUGCCCCCUGGGGUCAUCGCCCUGGUCAACUUCCUGGGCCCCCUGCUGUUCGUCUUCCUGGUGCAGCUGGAGAGCUACCCUCCCAACACCGAGGUCAACCUCAUCCUCGUCUGGUGCGUGGUGCUGAAGCUGGCCAGCCUGGGCAUGUUCUCCUUCUCGCUGGGCCAGACCAUGCUGUGCCUCGGCCGCAACAAGACCAGCUGUGAGUCCCACGGCUACAACGCCUGUGACUACCAGUGCUGGGAGAACUCGGUGGGGGAGGAGCUGUACAAGCUGAGCACCUUCAACUUCCUGCUCACCGUGGCCUUCGCCUUCCUGGUCAGCCUGCCUAGGAGGAUGCUGGUGGAGCGGUUCUCAGGCCGGUUCUGGACCUGGCUGGGCCGGGAGGAGUUCCUCGUGCCCACGAACGUGCUGGACAUCGUGGCGGGGCAGACGGUCAUCUGGAUGGGCCUCUUCUACUGCCCCCUGCUGCCCCUGCUCCACAGCGUCUUCAUAUUCCUCACCUUCUACAUCAAGAAGUACACCCUCCUGAGGAACUCCAGGGCGUCCCUGCGGCGGUUCCGAGCCUCGAGCUCCACCUUCUUCUUCCAGCUGGUGCUCAUCCUGGGCCUGCUCCUGGCCACCGUGCCGCUGGGCUACGUGGUCAGCAGCAUCCACUCCUCUCGGGGUUGCGGCCUCUUCACCAACUACUCAGCCCCCUGGCAGGUGGUCCCUGAGCUGGUGGCCCUCCGGCUGCCACCCGCUGUCCAGCAGGCCCUCCACUACCUGGGCUCCCAGGCGUUCAGCUUUCCCCUCCUCAUCCUGCUCAGCCUCGUCCUGACCGUGUGCGUCUCCCAGUCCCAGGCCAACGCCAGGGCCAUCCAGGGGCUCCGGAAGCAGCUGGUGUGGCAAGUCCAGGAGAAGUGGCACCUGGUGGAGGACCUGUCCCGGCUGCUGCCAGAACUGGGCCUCGGUGACUCGCCAGGGCCCCAAUCGCCUCACUCUCCAUCUUCGCGGCCGAGGUCCUUCUGCCCUGGAUUCCCUUGCCCGGGCUCCCCGGGGCCCAGGUCCCCCAAGGUCCUCAGGUCCCCCAGGCCCUCACCCUCCCACGCGGAUCCCGCCUGUAGAUUCCGCUUCCCCAGCGGCGCGGAGCUGUAGCACCGACCCCUACUCCGACCCUCACUCCGUCUGGAGCCUCCUGGCCACCCUGCAGCCCCACCACCGCCCCAGAGUCCCCCACGCUCCUGCUCCCCGGUGCCGCCCCAAAGCGGGCUUCACACACCCAGGGCAGCAGGAAGAAAACAUGGAAACUUGUGUUUAUAGUCUGUAUUUUUUCUUUUUUUAAUUUCUUUGUAUAGUUGUAUUUUUAUCUUAUUUCUUUAAAUUUUGUAUUUUGUUGGUUGUUGUAUGAUUAUAUAAUAUGUCAGUAUAAUAACCCAUGAAUACAAUUUAUAAAUACACACCCA